AUGAGAAACGGAGGACAAAACCAGAACAAGUUCUUGAGAAUAAUCUCAACUCCUCUCAGAGCUUUAGGCAAGGCACGUGAUCUCUACGUCAGAAGCAUCACCGGCUGCGCAGCUCGGACUCAUUAUUCCUCCUCCGCCUCUACCUCCACCCUUUUUCCAAGAAGCCGGAGCUCCUCCUCCGCAGCCUUCUCCUCCUCCGCAUCUUCCCGGAGAGCAACCGAUUUCGGGAUUGGCGACGAUUACAGCGAGCUAGUGAGAGCCGCGUCGGUUAGGAGUUUAGGGCACAAGAAUGAGAUUGACAUGUUUAUACAAGAGAAGCUGCAACAGCAGAAGAAGCAGAAGCAAGGAGGGUUGCCCAAGAGCUCGAGCGUGGGCAUGGCGAGGAUAGAGGAAGACGAAGAAGCAGAGGAAGGAUCUGUGAAUCCGAAGACAAAGAAGACCAAGAAAGUCUCUGAUCUCUUGUAUCCCCGUAGCAAAUCAUAUGCUGUUACUGGUAGCAAAUUUUAG